AUGGAUAUCAAGCAAGCCUUUCAAGAGCACAACAUCACCCCCAAGUACAUUCACACCGUCCCGGAAGUGCUGAGCGUCAGCUACGGCGGCAAGUCCAUCUCACCAGGCGAAGUCCUCCCGCGGAGCCAAACACUCGAAAGACCUGCGGUAUCAUAUCACAGCGCCAAGCAAGACACCGACUAUGCCAUUCUUAUGAUUGACCCGGACCUGUUCACGACCGACGACCCGACGGGCGAAGUCCGGCACUGGCUCGAGAUUGUCCGAUUCUCAACUGGCGACAGCAGCGGCACCGCGACGCCCGUGCGCACCAUCACGGAGUAUCUGCCGUGCACGCCCGGCCUCGGCUCGGGGCAGCACCGGUACAUCUUCGUUCUCGCCGAAGGCGCCAGUGAAGGACCACUGCGCGACGGGGGCAUCGAGGGGGUGCAGCCGGAGACGAAGAACGCGCCGAAGGAGGAUUUGAAGGACCGCAUGGGGUUCCAUAUUCAGGAGUGGUUGGCGAAGUACGGGCUUAGGCCCGUUGCGGCGAAUUUCAUGCUGGCGAGUGCUUUUGCCACGACGGGGUUCUGA